AUGCCGUCCGCGAAAACCGCCCGUCCUACUACGGACACUACCUCGUCUCGAUCUGCUAAGCGUGCACGUGUAUCGCAUGAUAUUGAUCAUAUUGCAAAGAUUGACAAUCUUGCUGCAACUGAUGUAUCGGGUCUGCCGGCUGCAUUAGCCGCUUCAGCUGCUGCUAAUAAAGUACCCAAGUUUUUACGCUCACUGUAUGCGAUUUUGCAAACAGAAGAUCCUCGUAUUAUUUCCUGGGUGCAGAACAAGGAGUUAAAGCCUAAUAGUGUGACGGCUUUUCAUAUCCUUGAAAUGGAACGUUUUGAGCGAGAAAUAUUGCCAAAGUACUUUAAACAUCAAAAGUUUGCCAGCUUUCAACGACAACUAAAUAACUUUGGCUUUCGAAAAUGGACCAAGACUCAAUCAAGUGGCGUUUGCACGUUCAGUCACAACUGUUUUCCACCAGAUUUAUCGGCUACUCGAACUUCUACCAUUUCUAUUCGAGAACAAUGGCGUAAGAAGAGCACACAGGUGAUUCCUCCUACCAGUGACAUACCAAUUAAGCGACGCUUUGUUAACCAAAGUUCUAACAAGAUUGGGAGCUCCGCUCCACGCAAGAGACCUGGAAAUGUCCAGGUUUCAACUCAAUGCAUUCCCGAGGUGUCAUCUUUGUUUACUGAAAUGUAUCGGAGUCCUAAUUCAAGCUCUUACGUUGAGAGCAAUGCCUUUCGUCAUGGUCUCAGCCACCAGCCUCCUCUCAAGAAGUUGGCUCGUCCGAAUAUCGCUCUGAAGCAGGAUGUGUCAGAGCCAUACAAUGGUUUGGACGCGUUUUGUGAUGAUUCAUUGAAGCACUUUAUUUUGCCUCCGUUACAGCCGCACCAUCUUGUGACGUCCACGCCUCGGACUGGUGGCCCCCCGGUGUCUUUAGCGCCAUCAUUCUUGCGCAACAACGAUCGUAAUGGCUUUCAAUACUCAUUACCCCAAGUUAAUACGUGCAAUGGAGUAACGACUGCUUAUUCAAAUGAUUCAAGCUAUCUAAACGGGCUGAAGGCAUUUGACAUGAAAAACAUGGACUUGCAAAAUAAUACUUACAUGCCCAUUGCUGGCAACGAUAGCAGCAAUACUACGGCUGAUGCCGCAGCGCUGCAGGGUGCAUUUCUCGAGCCUUGGAUAUGGGACGCACAGGUUUCAUCAACAAACUUUGAGGUCGGAUCAUUUCCACUCGAAUUUGAUUGCAAAAAUGAACUUGAUUGCAAAACUGACCUCGUCUGGCAAGAUGCUGCAAGCAGCGUCAGUUUGCAAGGUGUGAAUGCUGUGAAUUGUGGGACACCGAUAAAAGAGCCUUGCCACCAUCAAGAUCGCAUAUUGCCUUCUAACUCGGAAGAUUUUGGCUUGGACAAUCUGCUUUUUGUCGAGUGA